AUGCACCUUUCGACCAGACUUGCAGCGGCCUACUGCCAGCAGAACAGUACUGUAGCCUUCGUUGAUCUGGAACAAUUACCCGCGCCACAGACUGAUGUUUCAAGCUCCAAGUUUCAGAUACCUGCCGCCAUCGCCAUCUUCGACGACUUGUUGAAUCGACUCAACAGUUACGAUGGGAAAGACAUCACAGUCCUGACUGCAUACAUCGACCAACUAUCCCUCCUUCUCGCUCUCCGAACGUCUACCAUCGCUAAACCUAAAUCCUCCCAAGAUUACUCUAUGGUCAAGAAGCUCGAGAAGGUAACGCUCAGUACAAUCGAUGGCCUCAACGGUGAAAAGAGCAAUGUUGUCCUGCUAGACAUCUCAGUCAUUAACAUAUCAGUUUACUGCAAGAAGCAGUCUGGAGAAACAUUGGUUUCGGAAGAGAAUGACCUACCUGGGCUGGCCACAGGUGGCGUGUGGUCAGAUAGAUGGCUCAUCAACAUGGAACGAACAACUGCUUAA